AUGGUUGGGAGAUAUGGAAUUGGCUACAAACCCCCUUCUUACCAUGAGUUAAGAGAAACCCAAUUAAAGAAAGCAGUGAACAAUGUUGAUGAAAUGCUUACUGAAUUUAAAGCAGAGUGGAAGAGAACUGGUUGUUCAAUCAUGUCGGAUGGAUGGACUGAUAAAAAAAGGCGUAGUAUUUGUAAUUUCUUGGUGAACAGCCCUAAAAGAACAGUUUUUCUUUAUUCAUUGGACACUUCUGACAUCUCGAAAACAACGAAUAAAGUUGUCAAAAUGCUAGAAGAUGCCGUAGAAUUUGUUGGUGAAGAGAAUGUAGUCCAAAUUGUUACAGAUAAUGCUGCUAAUUAUAAGGCUGCUGGAAAAAGAAUGAUGGAGACUAGAAAAAGUUUGUAUUGGACACCAUGUGCUGCACACUGCAUAGAUUUGAUAUUGGAGGAUUUUGAAAAGAAGCUAAAGGUGCAUGAAACAACCAUAAAAAAGGGAAGAAAAAUCACCACUUUUAUCUACUCUCGGAGUAUGCUCAUUAGCAUGUUGAGGAAUUUUACAAAGGGAAAAGACUUGGUUCGGCCAGGUGCCACAAGAUUCGCCACUGCCUAUUUGACUCUCACUUGUCUUCAUGAUAAUAAUGGACCAUUGAUGACUAUGUUUACUUCUGCUGAUUGGAAGACAACUAAGGUUGCAUCAACGCCUGAAGGAAUAAGAGUCCAAAACAUGGCCUUGGAUAGUAGGCUAUGGAAGAAUAUUGUCAUAUGCCUCAAGACUGCUGCUCCUCUCAUUAUAGUCCUUCGCUUGGUUGAUUCGGAUGAAAAACCAGCCAUGGGUUUCAUCUUUGAAGGCAUGAGAAACGCCAAAGAAACAAUCAAGACUAACUUCGGUUGUGUUAAAAAGAGUUACGAACCUAUAUGGGAAAUUAUUGAUGGAAGGUGGGAAAGUCAAUUGCAUAGACCAUUGCAUGCAGCUGCGUAUUAUCUUAAUCCUCAUUAUCACUAUGAACCAAAUUUCAUGGUUGAUGAUGCUGACAUUAAGAUUGGUCUAUAUAGUUGUUUGAAAAAACUGGUUCCUAACCAGGAAGAAAGGAAAAAGGUUGGUCUACAGCUUCCUGACUUUCAUUAUGCUAGAGGCCUCUUUGGUAAUGAAACUGCAAAGAGUAGUAGGAAGACCAUGCUACCUGCUGAGUGGUGGGACUUCUAUGGAGAUAGUUGUCCAGAACUAAAGAAGUUUGAUAUCCAAGUGCUAAGCUUAACUUGUAGUUCAUCUGGUUGUGAGCGUAAUUGGAGUGCAUUUAAAAUGGUUCAUACAAAGAGAAAAAAUCGGUUGCAUCAAAAGAAAAUGAAUGAUUUAGUGUAUGUGAUGUAUAAUUUGAAAUUAAAGGGCAAGCAAAUUAGAAAAAGUCCAGAACUUGAAUUUGAUGCAGUGCAUUCUGAUGAUGAGUGGAUAACUGAGGAUGUUAAUGAAAAUAUUGCUGAAAGUGUUGAGCAUUCUCACUUGCCAACGAAUGACAAUACUAAUGAUGAUCCAAAUAGUAAUGAAUUUGCUAUUCCAGAUUUUGUUGGCCGUGUUGAACCUGAGGCUGAAAGAAAUGAUGUUUCUGAUGAUGAUGGUUUGAAUGUCUAUAUCUGA